AGCAAUGAUGGGGCUUUUCUUUCUCUUGUGCUUCUCUGGUGCCAUUUUUCUGCUCAGAACUCAGGGAGGUCAAUGUGCCGAUAUAAUUGGAGGGAAAGAAUCCGUGCCCCACUCAAGACCUUUUAUGGCUGCCCUCGUCAAUAGGAAAAAACUAUCAUGUGGAGGGACUUUGAUCAAAGACAACUGGGUGCUAACGGCUGCCCAUUGUUUUCCGAGCGAAGAAACAUACAUUGUUCUUGGAGCUCACUCACUGUCUAAAAAAGAGAAAGAAAAACAGAUUGUUCGCAUUUCUGAAGUGUUUGUUUACCCAGGCUUUAAUUUGAAGACAUUUGAGAAUGACCUCAUGCUUUUGCAGCUUCAAACAAGAGCAAAAAUUAAUCAAGCUGUAAAAACCAUUCCACUUGCCAAAUCUUUCAAUGACAUCAAGGCAGGAACACCAUGCCUAGUAGCUGGAUGGGGGAAGACCUCUACUAGAGGGAAAGCAUCUGAUAAACUUCUUGAAGUCAAUGUCACUGUGCUUGAGCGAAGCUUCUGCAAUGACAAGAAACACUAUAAUUCUCGGCCUCCUGUGACAACAAAAAUGAUUUGUGCCGGUGAUAAGCAAGGAGGGAAGGAUGCAUGUUUGGGUGACUCUGGUGGUCCUUUGAUGUGUAAUGGAGAACAAAGAGGCAUUGUCUCCUUCGGUGGUCGAAAGUGUGGUGAUAGUAAAUACCCUGGCAUCUACACUCAUCUUACAAAGGACUUUAUCAACUGGAUAAAGACCAUCACAGGGGGAGAUACAGACUGAUCAAGUGAUUUUAUGAGUCUCUCUCCUCAUUCUCCUUGGGCCAGAUUACAUGUGAUAUUUCUGCUAGCAUCAUUAGCACUGACGUUUUUUCUUUAGUGAAUAGCUGGAUCUCACUCCACCUUGCAGAUUGGGAUUGCAGUAGAAGGUGGGGAGACUUUGCCCCAGCUUCUAUUUCUCCUGGGUGGGGGAGUUCUCAUUGAUUCCUGUCUAUGUAGCAUUUAUUUCAUCUUCUGUUUUGCUUCACAGUUCUCUACUGUCAUAAAUGUAGCUAUCAUAACUUCUAUUUCCACAGAUAGGGAGGAAAGGGAUGAUGCCUCAUCUAAGGCCAGCAAUGAGUCCUAAAUGCUGAGCUGGGAUCUGAACCGCAGUUUCUCAUGUCCAGUUCCAAUAUUCUACAUAUUGACUCUAUAGUGGUCUUCCGGUUUUUAGCAAGGAGAAUUCUCUCACUUAGGUACUGAAACACAGAGUGGAUAUUUCAGCCUAGAGGCGUGAUCACCCGCUGCUUCCAGUCCCCCUUUAGAAUUCAAAAGCUUGAUUGCAAAACUUCAUUCAGCACAAGGAUAAUGUCUUCACCCAUUUCAAUGGAAACAAGCUUGUUCACAAUAAAGCCAGUGACUGACAUACUCUGCAGGCUUCCAUUUGCUUUGUAAUUAUGUGUGCUCAGUUGUGCAAAUGGAGUUGCAUGAAGGGCAGUCAUUGGAAAUAACGGCCAUCCAUUGUGCAACUCCAUUUGUGAAAUUCCAUGUGUUGGUGCAAGAAAGCGCUUGCACAAUUAUGUGCAUGCUCUGUUACAAGGCAAACAGAAGCUUGUGGGGUAUGUCGGCCACUUUCAUCAUUGGAAAGAAUGAAGAUUGCCCCUUCGAUGUCAUUCACCUCUUCAUUGCACUCUUUGCAGAGUUAAAAAGAGAGUUUGUCUUUUCUCCAUUACCUAGCAUUAGAUGUAUCUAAACCACUGACUUUAAUGGGCUUAAUGGACUCUGCAGAAGUUUGCACUAAAAGGGUUUUCUUGCACUUGAAGUGAAAUGCUUAUUUGUUUGCCACUAGAUUAUGCAGAAUUGCUACUCCUGGGAAACAUCACAGGAAAUUUGGAAGACCGCCAUCUAGAACUUUACUUUGCUUAUAUUCGGUAGCUUUAGGAUACAUCAGGAUACAUUUCAAAUGUUAAUAAGCAGGAGGGAUGGGAAUAAGAGAGCAGGCUGAGAUUGGUGGUGUGAUGUUUAAAAUUGUUUUGAAAAUUGAAUAACAUUUAAAUAAUAAAUAAAUAAUGCUAAUGAUC